ACACUUUUUAUGCAGUUCUCCUAUAAGUUAUAACCUUGCGAAUAUCUUAAAUACUUAGUAAAAUAGCUAUAAUAUAGUUUUAUUUACAUACCAUAAUAUGAAACGUUUUAUUACUAUGAAACAUUUUGGUGGUUAGAAAUUAUCAACGACAUGGACAGGUACCAAUUGUGGGGUGGUUGUUUCGAUGAGGAGCCUUCAGGAGUUUUAAGGCGUCUAAAUGAUUCCUUGGCAGUCGACAGCAGGCUUUAUAAAGAAGAUAUUAUCAACAGUAAGGCGUGGGCUAAUGAACUCCAUAUAAGCGGCCAUCUGAGUAAUGAAGAUAACCACUGCAUUCAAAAAGGGCUGGAACAGGUAGAAAAAGAUAUUGAGGAGGAACUCCUUCAAAAUCAACGUUUGAAAGACCCGGAGGAAGAUAUUCACUCAGUAGUAGAGAGAAGACUGCAGCAGAUAGCAGGAGACGCGGCACUCCGUCUGCACACGGCACGUAGUCGCAACGACCAAUCUGCAACCGACACAAAACUAUGGAUGACAACGGCAUUACAACGAAUCCAGCUAGAAGUUUUGAAAUUAAUCAAGGUGUUGGUGCAUCGAGCAGACCGGGAAAUAGACGUAAUCGCUCCCAGCUACACGCAUCUCCAACGCGCUCAGCCUGUGCGGUGGAGUCAUUUUCUUUUAAGCUAUGCGUGGAUGCUCCGAGAAGACGUUUUAAGGUUGGAGGAGCAGAGAGACCGUCUAUCGACAUGUCCACUAGGUAGCGGCGCGGUAGCGGGGUGUGCGCUACAAAUUAAUAGGGAGAGACUGGCCGAACAGCUCGGCUUCAAACGUGUCACACCCAAUUCAAUGUUUGCUGUAUCUUCUAGAGACCAUAUAGUUGAAUUUCUUAACUGGGCAUCACUUUGUGGAAUCCAUCUCAGCAGAUUGGCGGAAGAUCUAAUCGUGUACAGUACCCAAGAGUUUGCUAUAGUACGUCAUUCGGAUCAAUUCUCAACCGGAUCGAGCCUUAUGCCCCAAAAGCGUAAUCCAGACGGCUUGGAGCUCGUACGCGGAGCGGCGGGACUCCUCAUGGGAGAUGCUUUUUCCUUCGGCUGCGUGCUCAAAGGGUUACCCAGCACGUACAACAAGGACCUGCAGUCAGAUAAAGAGAUUCUGUUUCGAUCGUACGACAGACUAACGGACUGCUUAAAAGUAGCCACAGGGACUGUCAGCACGAUGCAAGUGGACAGUAAGAGAGCCUUAGAAUGCCUGGAUCCUGGUAUGUUGGCAACGGACUUGGCCCACUAUUUGGUCCGGCGGGGGAUGCCGUUCCGCCGCGCGCACCAUGUGGUCGGCGCUGCGUUACGUAGAGCCAGCGCAUUGGGGGUCGACUUGCAGAGCUUGCCUCAUCAGGAAUAUGUUAAAAUUUGCCCAGAAUUCGGGUCUGCGGAGGAUCUCCAGGCCCUGUUCUCGUGGGAAGCGAGUGUGGAGCAGUACUCAAGUACUGGUGGCACGGCACGACUGGCCGUAAGGGACCAAAUACUGCAGCUGAAACAGUGGCUUCAACAAUAUUCAAACGCGUGCUAAUUUAACCUACAACUUACAAGGCUGAUUUGCCGUGUGGAACUAACAUCGCCAUGUCGUUAAAUGUCACGAUAGAGGUGUUUUAGAAACAAUUGGCUGGAAUAAGUGAGUGAGAACUCAUUAUACAGCAUGACUGGUGACUGGUGAGACAUGAU